GCAGGGGAGUGGAAAAGCCGGGAGAUGCGCCAGCCCGUCCUGCGCUGCUGGUGUCUGGGUGUAAGUAACUCGAGCGGGCAGUUGUAGCGCGGAGUGGGAACAGCCAGGGUGGUUAGCCGUUGUGUGGUAGGAGUUAGACGGUGGGAGUGAGAGAGUUGGAGGUUGGAGUUGGAUGCUGGAGUUGGACGCUUGGUGAGGAGAGAAGAGUGGAAAGAGGGACGAGUGGGAGGCAGAGCGGCGGAGGAUUCACAAAACAGGUUGACCAUGUCACUCCGCGUCCGGCCGCUGGUGGCGCUACUGCUGCUGGUAAAGAUGUCGCUGGCGUCGGCACUGCGGCUGCCCCGUCAGGUGGACGCUGCUGAGGUGAUAGCCAACCAGACGGGGGCAGCCAGACAGUUCUGCCAGCGGGGGGAGUUUGAGUGCGUGCCGUAUUACCACUGCGACUCGGACGAUAUUAUCACAGACGGAGUCGGUGCACUCGAUAUCAGGUUCGGCGGGGAGCUCACCGAGAACGCCAAGCAUUCUCCGACGAGAACGCACGCCGACUGCACCGACUUUCUGGACGUCUGCUGCACGAGACCGCACGUGAAGCGUAGCGAUGACCUGCAGGAGAAUCCCACCUACCUGCCCCGGUGUGGGCGGAGAAACGAAGGCGGGCUGGGGGUGCGCAUCAUUGGAUUCAAGGAGGGUGAGAGCCAGCCGGGCGAGUACCCGUGGCAGGCGGCUAUCCUGAGGCCCGGCAGGAACACCGGCGAGUAUCUGUUCCUCGGAGGUGGCUCCCUCAUUCACCCGCAGGUGGUGCUGACGGCUGCCCACACGGCCCGCAAGUACCGUGACCUCGAGGUGCGGCUAGGGGAGUGGGACAGUCAGCACACCACCGAAAUCAACACCCACCUCAACGUGCCAGUGAGGAAGGUGGUACGACACGCCGAGUACAGCGGCGGGAACCUGCAGAACGACAUAGCGCUCCUCUUCUUGGAAGUGCCUGUGCACCUGCAGGCGCACAUUGAUACCAUCUGUCUACCCGACGCGGACUUUUCCCCGCAAGACUGCGUCGUCACUGGCUGGGGUCGCAGUGCGUUCCGUUCCGGUGGCAUCCAGACGGUGCUGAAAUCCAUCUCUCUUCCCGUCGUGGACGACUAUAGGUGCGAGGCCGCCCUGCGCCGCACGCGACUGGGCGACGGGUUCUUUUUGCACGAGUCGUUUAUGUGCGCCGGCGGUAGGGCAGGUAGAGACGCGUGUACUGGGGAUGGAGGUUCAGCACUGGCAUGUGAGGACCCCCUCCAGCCGGGCAGAUACGUGCAGGCUGGGAUAGUCUCGUGGGGUAUUGGCUGUGGCACCCCCGGCUUGCCCGGUGUUUAUGCCGAUGUGCGUCAUUUUACACAGUGGAUAUAUGACCGGAUGGCUGAGGAAGGGUUGAGCCUUUGAUGUGUGGUUUGUGCGAUGUGUAGGGUGGAAAUGGUUUGAAUAUAUGACGAUAUAUGUGCUGACUUCUGUGAAGGAAUCAAGAGACAAUGUUGCUGGUUUGAUAAAUGUGAAGCUCAUCGCUGUGAGGCCAUUAAUCAACAAGUUGCGUCGUAUUAAUUAAAGGCACAGGUACUUACUAUAGGGUGCUAUGCUAUGUGUUGUGUUGAACUUUAGAGUAUAAUAGUGAUUACUGAUUCCAAUCCAAUUAAAAUAGACAAAAUUUAUAGUUUAACCUUGGCGUUAGGGUUCAUCGUCUUGCUAAGACGCGAGGCUAUGCGAUUUUUGCAAUGUGUAAACGCGUGGCUUAGACUAGGGUCCUAGAGGCGAACGUUAUCUUUGGGAUGCAAUAUGCAUCAUAUGUACACUUCUUGCACAGUGUUGUCAGUUGUAAAAUACAUGCCACAAAUAUUGUGCAAUAA